UCAGCUCAUGAUUCAAAAAAUUUAAAUAAUGCUUUGACAAGGCACAAUAGCAGAUUGAUCGUUCCAGAAGUGAUCAACCCAAACUACGACCAAGUAAACUUUGAAGAAAGUGUAUAUGUGGGCGCCCUUGAAUCCCAACAAAGAGAGUACGCCAAUAAUUGGAAAGACAUUAUAGCUUUAAGUAUGUGGAAUGAUGCAAUGGAAGCCGGAAGUCAACAUCAAUGG